AUGAUGGCAUCGUCAUCACCCCUUGAGCCCAGAACUCGCUUGAAACCUCCCCAGCCCCGUCGCCAGCGCUCAGCCUCAGCGUCCAAACCCAUCAGCCUCUUCAAGGAAGCCGUCAGCAACAAUUGGUUCAAGCGAGGUCGCGCUCUCACCUCUCCUCCCGAUGCUCCCGCACACCUUCGAGCUGGAAGUUUCGCCACCUCUCUCACUCCGAUAGUAGAAGAUGAGGUCGGCGUGGGUGGUGUAGUCGGACCUCCUAAGCGAAGACAUCCCUGGGCUAUUCCAGAAGCAGAACCAGAGCCAGAGGAAUCUGAAGAUUAUCCGGAGAUGCCACCUCCGCAAUUUCUAUCAACAUAUCUCUUCUACCUUCCCGAAGAUGAGGAAUGUCUAGCCGAUGAACAGACCGACGAUGCAAUGAAGGAUCCACACCGUCCUCUCCCAGCAGCAUGGCCCUGGUCGUCGUCCACAGCAGCACCUCUUACCAACUUCCGCACGGGCUGUUGUCGCAAUGGGCUUACUCCCUCGGAGGGUCCCCGUCCCACCUCCAACUUCAACCAGGAGCUAGACGACCUCCUAGUCCCAAGCAUCUCAACGCCGUCUCUUUCGGACAUGCCCUACCCGAACUUCACCACUCCCUCUCUCAAGUGCUACACGAAGCCACCCAAUUCCAAAGAAGGAGGAGCAGCAGAGGCCUGCACGCUCUGCCAUUGCCAGUGCAUCUCCUGCGACUGGGAAGAAGGGGACCAUUGCCCUUCUCUGCGAGGGGAGAGGGACUGUCCUGCCGUCCCAAAGGAGAGGGAGGAAGAAGAGGACAAGGCGAAGAGAGAGCAGACACCAGAGAUGACUGGAGCUGGACAGGCGGGGAAUGUGGCUGCUGAGAAUGGGGUAGAGUAUCUAUACGUUGAGGGAUGGGCGAUUUGA